CGCCAGAUUCCAAACAAAGAGAACAGACUAGCUCCGGUAGCUAGCAAAAAGCUCCUCACCCACAACACAAGACAACACUUGAUUGAAAGGUCGUACAAUGGACGACACCUUCAAGCCAAGCCAACAGCGAUCUUUGCUGUAAUCAAUCCAACUUGUGAUCGUUCGAGAGCCCAUAUUGUGUCUCCGUCUUGCACUUGUCCGUUGGCGCCGACAAGAGUUUAUCCGGCGAAGCUGAUGUGGACGAGUUUAUCCGGCUAAGCUGUGAUUUGACGGGUGCCCUUCCUGCACACGGGUGUAACAGGUUGGGGUGUGUGCGUCCGUACUGGGCUACCGCUAAUACUACCAAAGGCCCUCAUGCUGUUGAUCCAUCAACAUCGGCACUCUGUCUUUUAUCAGCCAACUCUAGCUAUAGCAAUUGAAGAUGAUGUUUUCCGGAGGACGUAGCAAACUGCUCUCCACAGCGAGUCGUCGUGGCUUGGCGACACUCAAAAAGUUGCCAGCGGUGUCUCCUGUCUCUCAGAGUAUUUUGCCAAACUUGCCAUAUGUGGGUGGCAUCGAGACGGAGGACGAAGGUCCCAUUGCUUACAACUCCGAAAAGUGGAAUCAAUUCCAGGCGAGUCGCCAACCGGUUUCGUCAGCACAUGCCAUUGACACGGUAGCACAAACCUUGUCCACGCAAGACUCUGUGGCGGUCAAUGCGUCGGGCAGUGUGGUGCAUGGCACGUAUGGGGAUUUGGGUAACGCCGCUGAUGCAAUUCCCUUGGAGUACUUGGCGUUGUUGCGAUUUGCCGCACAAGGAGCUGCCGGUGUUCGAGCUAUUGCUAGUGGAAGUAGUAAGGGCACCGUGUUGGUGUACGGCGCCAGUCAAGCAUCGGGCAUGGCCGCCACUCAAUUGGCGUCGGCGCAAGGCCACGCCGUGGUAGCAGUCGUCAGUGGUGAUCAUGCCGGCAACACGCUCCUCAUGGAAUCCGUCAAGGGACUCAUUGACGCACCUGGAACCGCUGUGCCUGAAGUGUAUGCCCUGUCCAAAAAGAAUUUUGCCGAUUUGGUCCAGGCCAUUGCCACGGGAACCGAAGAGUCCUCUUCCGCAAGUAGUGCGGAAAUGCUCGAAGAAUUCAAGGCCAACUUGAUGGACUACUGUCAGACCUUUCCGGAAAAUUUACCCGCUGCUGUCGGUGCCGAAAAACUCAAAUUCAACGGCAUGGACAAGGAUCGAGAAUUCUUUCCAGAAAAUAUGGAAGCCUACCUAAGCCAAUUCCAACCGGGAGCACCUCCGAUUGACAAGGCGGCUCUCGAUGCCCUAUUCACACCCGAACAAUAUCAAGCCUUUCGAAACAAAUUCUGGGAUCAAACAUCUCGGGUCAUUUCCGGAGAUGAAUCACAUUUCUUUUCCCCGCCUCAUAUUGUCAAGUCCAUGGUGGACAUGCCCGACAAGACGACACCAACCAAGACUGGCGCCUUUCCCUACAGUUUUGGUGGAGGAUCGUCGUAUGGCAUCGCGCCAAUGGCCGGAGGAGCCGUGGCGGGAGCCAUACUGGUUGUGACACCUGUCUUGGAGGCAGCUGCCAAGGCUGUCGAUGCCGCCAAAACACUUCGUCAAAAGGGAGAAGCACUCUCCUUUUUAACCGAUGCCGAACGAACCGCUUUCGGUGCCGCUUGUUCCGUCGUGGCCGUGGCUCAAAAACAAGGCGCUCCCGUCGUCACCAUUGGAGGUUCGCUACCGGGUCUGACGUCGGUAGAACCCUCCAAGGAAGAUGUCGAUCAAGCAUUGGCUGCCAUGGACAUUCAAGAGGAUGGAUCCACUAAGCUCAAUUAUUUUGUUCAGACCUAUCGGGCGUGUGAUUUUUCAUUUUAUGGAGACUAUGCCGUCCACAGAGCCAAUGAGCCAAUGGCGGGACCACGACAAAUUGUCGUUACCAAGUAAAUAAGCAAACACAGACAAAACGAAGGAGCCAAGGAACUGUAGGUGGAAGAAGAGCAAGAGAGUGGUAAAUGAUGGACAACAUUUUAGUAUAAAUGUGAGUAGUGGAUGUGGUUCUGUCACGUACGUACGAUGGCACCGAUAUCCCUCAUGGCACCUUACUUGUAGAUGGAGGAUUUGAUAUAGAUAAAAUAAAUCCCGUCUAGUUUU